AUGUCCUCCGACUCUCUAUCAACCUCGGAUCUUCCCAAAACGGUUCCCUUUUGGCGUCUUGUCCUCGACCCCGGCAUCAUCACCCAAGAAGUCGCCGAUUAUCCCUGCGCAGGAUCAGGAACAGACGAGGACCCGUAUGUGGUGCAAUGGAUGCCCAAUGACUUUCGAAAUCCGCUACAAUUCAAGGCAUCGAUGAAAUGGUCCAUCACGCUGGUUGCGGCGUUGGAGACGCUCGUCGUGGCGCUCGUGUCGUCUGCGUAUACCGGUGGCAUUGUCCAGAUUGAAGAACAAUUCCACUGUACGACGGAGAUAGCUACGCUGGGAGUCUCGCUGUACGUCCUUGGAUUUGCCUUGGGCCCUCUGAUCUGGGCUCCGAUGAGCGAACUCUUUGGCCGUCAGGUCGUCUUUAUCGGCACGUACUGUGGCCUGACCAUCUUCUGCGCUGCGACAACAGGCGCAAAGAACAUCGAGUCGCUGCUCGUAUUUCGAUUCCUCGCUGGCUCGUUUGGUUCAUCGCCGUUUACAAACUCUGGUGGUGUCAUCGCAGACAUGUUUGCUGCUCGUGAACGAGGACUCGCUCUGUCGGCCUUUGCCUCUGCGCCCUUCCUCGGCCCUGUCCUUGGGCCUAUUGCUGGAGGGUUUCUGGGAAUGGCAGCAGGAUGGAAAUGGGUUAUGGGUUUGCUGACAGUUCUAUCUGGAUUGCUGUGGUUUGCUGGCACGGUCUUUAAGCCAGAAACGUAUACCCCUGUGCUGCUGCGCCAUGAAGACGUCUCUUCUCGCCCGUUUGUGCUGCUCUUUACUGAACCUAUUGUCCUUCUCCUUUCUAUCUACCUUGCCAUCAUCUACGGCACACUCUACAUGCUCUUCGACGCGUAUCCCAUCGUCUAUCAAAUCCACCGUGGAUGGAAUCAAGGCGUCUCUGCCCUCGCCUUCCUGGGAGUUCUAGUCGGAAUGGUCCUUGCCAUCAUCUACUCCAUCCCAGAUAACAAUCGAUACAUCAGAAUCCUGGAUAAAAACAACGGCUACGCACCGCCCGAAGCCCGUCUUCCACCCUGCAUGCUCGCCUCUCUCGCCCUCCCAGCUGGUCUCUUCUGGUUCGCAUGGACAAAUUCCCCUUCAAUCCACUGGCUAGCUAGUAUCGCAGCCGGCGCACCGUUUGGAUUUGGCAUGGUCCUCGUCUUCCUCAGCGUGUUCAGCUAUCUCAUCGACGCGUAUACCAUCUUCGCUGCAUCCGUUCUGGCUGCCAACUCUCUUCUUCGUUCGCUGUUUGGGUUUGCAUUUCCGCUGUUUACCACGUAUAUGUUUGAAAAUCUGGGCAUUCAUUGGGCUUCGUGUGUUCCGGCUUUUCUGGCGCUGGCGUGUGUGCCAUUCCCGUUUAUCUUGUAUAAGAAGGGGUUGUCGAUUCGGAAGCGAUGCAAGUAUUCAGCUCAGUCGCAGGCAUUUGUGCAGAGUCUGCUGAAGCAGAGUGAUGUCGAGCCAAAGGAUGGCUGA